AUGAGGAGGAUGGCAGCAGCGACCAGACUCGCCCUUCUGCUGCUGGGCUGCAUGGGACUCCUGCAGCCAGUCGGCGCCCGGUACAUAAACUACUGCCCCGAGGGCUGGAACUAUUACAAGCUCAGCUGCUUCAGGUACUUCCGUGAGCUCCGAACUUGGGACGAGGCUGAGAGGCAGUGCCAGGCCAACCACGCCAGCGCCCAUCUGGCCUGGGUGGAGGAGCCCAAGGAAGCGGCCACCCUGCAAAGGGUGGUCUCCUACUACCAGCGUGUGCAGCCUGUCUGGCUCGGCCUCCGCUAUGGACACGAGAACCGGGCCUGGCAGUGGUCAAGUGGGGACGAGUACAGCACCACCAGUGGGCUGGUGAGGAAUGGUGCCCAGCGGGGGACCUGUGGCAUGCUGACCCACCACAGCAACUUCGCUCUGUGGUCCAGCACCGACUGUGCCCAGCGGCAUCACUACAUCUGCAAAUUCAUCCCCUCGCUCUGA